CAACAUUCGCCGCACCAAAGACAACAUACGGGAACAUGCCGACCGAGAUGUCCGAGAACCCGAGGUACAACUCGAAGCUGUAUGCCAGCAACGACGACCAUCAGCGGGAACUGAACCUCAAGGUUCUGGACCUGUUCCAGAUGGCGUUCGCGUCUAAAGUUUGCGAAGAUUACCAGUUCCUGGACAUCGGGUGCGGCACCGGAGACUUCACGCGCGACUGGCUUCUCCCACGAUGCUCACCCUGCAAAAGAAUCGUGGCGGUGGAUGCGUCAGAAGACAUGUUGGCGUACGCUCGGCUGCACUGCGCGCACCCCAGUGUCGAGCACGAUUACCUCAACAUCGGCGAUGACGUGAACGACUUUGUCAAAAAGUACGGCAAGUUCAAUCGCAUAUACUCUUUCUUCUGCCUCAACUGGGUCAAGGACCAGGCUCGAGCGAUGAAGAACGUUUCGACGCUGCUGACAACUGGUGGAGAGUGUCUUCUCGUUUUUCCCGCCUGGUCACCGACUAGGAUGCUUUGGAGGAAAGUGGCGGAACUGGAACGCUGGAUAAAGUUCUCGAAGGUCUUCGAAGGUUUUGUUUCCCAAAGUCAAGACCUGGAAGACGACGAAGCGAGGAUAUCUUACAUCCGGGACAUCGUUCGUUCUGCCAAUUUGGAACCAAGCACAUGCGAGCUCCUUUAUGUGCAGCCAAACUACAGCAAACCAGAGAAAUACAUAGAUAUGCAGUUAUCCUUAAAUCCGGCCUGGUCCUUGGCCACUGUUGAAGAGCGAGAAGCUCUCAAGAAGGACGUCACUGCGGAAGUACUGAAGUGGACCAAUGAGGGAGCGUACUCGGCAAGGCCAUCGCUCUACGUCAUUCACGCAAGGAAGCUAAUAAAAUAAACGAUAUGGUGU